UUUACAUACUACUUUCAACAUACAACUCUGGCAUCUUUAAUCAACCUACUCUCCCUCUCUCGCACACGCACACACAACACAACGAAAAUUUUGACAUUUCUGUGAAAGUGCCGCACCGCAAACCAACAAUCACUUGAAUAGAAAUAAGCGGCAUUAUGUCAACAGAAGAUUUCUACUUACGUUACUAUGUGGGGCACAAGGGCAAGUUUGGCCACGAGUUUUUGGAAUUUGAGUUUCGACCGGAUGGUAAAUUGCGCUAUGCCAACAAUUCCAACUACAAAAACGACACCAUGAUUCGCAAGGAGGCAUUUGUGCAUCAGGCCGUGAUGGAAGAGUUGAAACGUAUUAUUUUGGAUUCCGAGAUAAUGGCGGAAGAUGAUUCACCCUGGCCGCCACCAGAUCGUGUGGGACGUCAGGAAUUGGAAAUUGUCAUUGGCGAUGAACACAUUUCAUUCACCACCUCCAAAACCGGCUCCCUAGUCGAUGUCAAUCGUUCCAAAGAUCCCGAAGGCUUGAGAUGUUUCUACUAUUUGGUACAGGAUCUUAAGUGUUUGGUUUUUUCACUCAUCGGCUUGCACUUUAAGAUUAAGCCUAUAUAAUUGUCAACAACAACGUUUGUGGUGGCCGAGCUGCAGGAAGUGUUAGCAUUUAUGGACAAUGUCACGGUGUUGUUGCACUUCAUUUUCUUUAGUUUAAUAAUAAUUUCAUCGGACUCUACAGUUUAUUUACAUCGAUGACAAUUCUCAUGGUAUUCUGCUUUUUUUGUAACAUUAAAUAAAAUCUUAAAACUGGAAA